CUGCUGCUGCUCGUGGGGUUGCUCGUGUACUGCCGCAAGAAGGAGGGCCUGGACGCCGACGUGGCCGACUCGUCCAUCCUCACCGCCGGCUUCCAGCCCGUCAGCAUCAAGCCCAGCAAGGCCGACAACCUGCUGACCAUCCAGCCCGACCUCAGCAGCACCACCAUGACCUACCAGGGCUCGCUGUGCCCACGCCAGGACGGCCCCGCCAAGCUCCAGCUGCCCAACGGGCACCUGCUGAGCCCGCUGGGCGCCGGGCGGCACACGCUGGCCGAGGGCGCCGACUUCGUGGCCCGUCUCUCCACCCAGAGCUACUUCCGCUCCCUGCCCCGCGGCACCAACAACAUGGCCUACGGCACCUUCAACUUCUUGGGGGGGCGGCUCAUGAUCCCCAACACAGGGAUCAGCCUGCUCAUCCCGCCCGACGCCAUCCCGCGGGGCAAGAUCUAUGAGGUCUACCUGACACUGCACAAGCAGGAGGAGGAGGUGAUCCAGCUGGAGAAGCAGAUGGGGGGCCAGCUGAUCGGAGCGCCCCGGGUGCUGCACUUCAAGGACAGCUACCACAACCUGCGCCUCUCCAUCCACGACAUGCCCAGCUCCCUCUGGAAGAGCAAGCUCCUGGCCAGCUACCAGGAGAUCCCCUUCUACCACAUCUGGAGUGGGCUGCAGCCCUACCUGCACUGCACCUUCACCCUGGAGCGCCUCAGCCCCAGCACCUGCGAGCUGGCCUGCAAGAUCUGGAUCUGGCAGGUGGAGGGCGACGGGCAGAGCUUCACCAUCAACUUCAACAUCGCCAAGGACACCCGGUUCUCCGACUGGCUGAUCCCUGACAGCGACGUGGGCUCCCCAGCCCUGGUGGGCCCCAGUGCCUUCAAGAUCCCCUUCCUCAUCCGCCAGAAGAUCAUCAGCAGCCUGGACACGCCGUGCGCCCACGGGGCCGACUGGCGAACGCUGGCACAGAAGCUCAACCUGGACAGGUAA